AUGGCAACAACACUACAAGAAUCAAGAUACAUUGUGAAGAACUUAUACAAACAGUUACUCUACUUGGGCCGUAUAUCAUUCCUGGGUGCAGACUAUGUUAGAACGAGAGCCAAGCCACAGUUCAUGGCCAAUGCUCAUUUGACUGAUAUCAAUGAGAUCAAUAAGUGUAUAGAGAGAACAAAGUAUGUUAUUGGUGAGGUUGAGGCCAUGCACAAGUUCCACAAGUAUAGGACAUUGAAGAAAGCCUAUAGUCGGGAGUUCCAGCUCGUCAAUGAUCAAUUCGAUAUAGUUCCAUUCGAUGGCAACACCAUCAUCAACAACAACAACAACAACAGUGGUGCUUCUAAGAACUGA